CGACAACGAUUCCUCCCGCUCGGGACGUCAGAAAGGCUGUCUGCACGACGGCUUCCGCGCGCGACCUGUAGACGUUGAGCUGGGAAAAAUUGAGGUCAGUUUGGCAGGAAAUCAAGUACGCAAUGCACAAACCUUGAGGGCUGGAAUCCAUCAGGAUUAGUAGAUCGGAUCCCUUUCAUCAACAAAGGCACACUUUGCCAUUGCAUUGUCCUGGUCCUCUAUCAAUCCCUUCGCCCUCGGCCGGUACUUUGUCAAGGUACGAUGCCAUUAUGUCUUCGACGCAUUAUGUCCGGGCCGCUUAGACCACCCCUUUGUCCUCGAAUUUCUGCCGGAAUCUAUAUAAAUCGUUGCAGGUGCUCUCGAUCUUAACGGUCCCCCAUCAAACACCCACAAAAUCUCUGGAAAGGAGCAACGGAAGCGCAACGACUUCCACCGACCACCAAACAUGGCUCAAUACACUCCCGUUGAAUUCCCCUACUAUGCGCCUCGGAACGAGUUGCCAGCACCCCUCCCGACGAUACACGACAUCCAAAAUGCCACGGAAAUCAUCGAUGACGGAGGCUGGAUCGAACAAAAAGUGGUCGGCAUCGGACCUUUUGUCGUCAAGUACGGCGAAGCCGUGAGUCUGGAAGAGGGCCAGAAGAUGCAAUUUGUCAGAGCCUGUACCACCACGGUGCGAGUGCCGCGAGUCUAUGCUCUUUUCAAAGACCCUCUCACCCCCGCCAACUACAUCGUCAUGGAGAAGAUCCAAGGACAGACUCUGCAAACCCUGUGGGCGAGUUUGGAUGAUGGACGGAAAGACCGAAUCUGUCGACAACUCGAGACCAACCUCACCGAGAUGCGGGCGUUGCCGUCACCCGGUGGUUACUGUGCCCUAGGCAAUCUACCUCUCAAUUGUCCCAUCUACUGCAAAGUGCGUCCAACCAGUACGGAAGCAGAAUUCAACGAUGCCUUGGCUGACGCGUGCGUUAGAGAUGUUCCUGAUCGUCACAAUCCCAAAGAGGUAUGGUGGACCGAAUAUAUCCGCAGAGCUUUCGCAUCCUCCCUUCGAGAUCAUCCGCCUACAUUCAGCCACGGAGAUCUGCAGACCAAGAAUAUCAUGGUUAGUCCCGAAGACGACACGGUGACCAUCAUUGAUUGGGAAUUGUCCGGUUGGUUUCCUUCUUACUGGGAGUAUACCUCAGCUAUGAUCGGCGCGGCCGGGACCAUGUACGAGACCGACUGGUACAAAUGGAUGGAACGCUUUCUUGUGCCUUAUUACAAUGAAACGGCUUGGCAUUCUCUGGUCUCGACCUGCAAGUACGGCGGCCUUUGAACUGACAAACUAGCUGCGCUUCUGCAACGUGAUGGUCUGGUCUAUUCUCAAUCCCCAUGCCCAAUCCUUUUCGUUCCGAUCCUGAAUCCGAACCCCUUUCGACAAAUCAUGAUGCCCAGCCCCUUUCAAUCCAGCUCGCAUGCCCAGUCCUUUUUGUUGCAAUCCUGAAACCGAACCCCUUUCGACAGAAUGAUGAUGCCCAGCCCCUUUCAAUCC